UAUAUACAUCUAACUGCAAGGACAAAUCAAAUAUUUAAAAUGAAAAUACUAGCCUUUUAUCUGCUUAUGGAUAUUUUUAUCACAGAAUGUAUCAAACGUCAUUACUGGCUUUUCAUAUAUUGAUGUGCACGAACAAGUCAAGGAUAUUAAAUGAAAUUACUAGAUUUGUGUCUCCUUAGAGAUAUUUUCAUUACAGUCAAAUCAUGGCCAUGUUUAUCACCAAUCAGAAAAGCUUACAGUCGUGUAAACUCUAGUGCUACUCUUGAAUUUACUGCUGACCUGAAAGAUCUAGAAACACUAGGUAGACAGUUUGAGGUCAGAUUUUAUGAUGGUACUCCUAAAGCUCGUAUAACAUUCGAUACAGACAAGGACCCCAAACUCGAGGCGCCAUCAGGUGUCAGUAUAACAGGAGAUUCUGCUGGCAAUGUAGUUGUUACACUGGCUAAUGUCCAAGAAAACAAUGCUGGAAUUUACAUUAUGAUCAAUGCUGGAUUUGUUUCAAAAUGUAACUGUCUGUAUAUAUUAGGAAUCCCUACAAAGCCAAAUAUAAUUUUGAAGCAAAUACCAUUUGUGGGAGAGAAUGCAACAUUCACAUGUAAUAGUACAUCAACUACGAUGCCCAGCAACCACAGCCUUAGUUUGACAUACACUGACUGUAGUGGUGGUAUUGGUAGUGGUAGUAGUAAUGGUAAUGGUAGUGAUAGUAUUAGUGGUAGUGGAAGUAGUAUUAGUAAUGGUAAUGGUAGUGAUAGUAUUAGUGGUAGUGGAAGUAGUAUUAGUAGUGGUAGUGGUAGUGGUAGUAGUGGUAGUAGUAGUGGUAAUAGUAGUGGUAAUAGUAGGGUGGUAGUGGUAGUGGUAAUGGCAGAAGUGGUAGUGGAAGUAGUGGUAGUAGUGUGGUAG